AUGUCGCGGCACAAGGCGAGGCGCAAGGGCGGUGCCCGCGAGCGGGUCUUCGGCUGUGACCUCCUGCAGCUGCUGCAGCGCUCGGGGCAGGCGGUGCCGCAGGUGCUGAGGAGCUGCACUGAGUUCGUGGAGCAGCACGGGGUGGUGGAUGGGAUCUACCGGCUCUCCGGGGUGGCCUCCAACAUCCAGCGGCUGCGGCAGGAGUUCGAGAGCGAGCGCUGCCCAGACCUGCACCGGGACGUUUACCUGCAGGACAUCCACUGUGUGAGCUCCCUGUGCAAAGCCUAUUGCCGGGAGCUGCCCAACCCGCUGCUCACCUACCAGCUCUACCACAAGUUCGCUGAUGCAGUGUCCAUCCAGAUGGAGGACGCUCGCCUGGUGAAGAUCAAGGAGGUGCUGAAGGAGCUGCCCGCGCCCCAUUAUAGGACCCUGGAGUUCCUGAUGCGGCACCUCCUGCGCAUGGCAGCCCACAGCAGCCGCACCAACAUGCACGCCAGGAACCUUGCCAUCGUGUGGGCACCCAACCUGCUGCGGUCCAAGGACAUCGAGGCAUCAGCGUUCAAUGGCACCGCGGCCUUCAUGGAGGUGCGUGUCCAGUCCAUCGUGGUGGAGUUCAUCCUCACCCACGUGGAGCAGCUGUUUGGUGAUGCUCCCCUCCAGGCAGAGAGCCCGCGCCGGUCCCUGCUGUUGGUGGGGGGGGGGCAGGUGCCACCAUACCAUGUGCCAGCGGCGCUGAGCCAGGGCGACGGCCCCCCCCCGAUCCGGCCAUACCACACCAUCAUCGAGCUGAGCGAGCACAGGAGGAAGGGCUCCCUCAAGUCCAGGAACUGGAGGUCCCUGUUCCACCUGGGCCGCUCCAGCCUCGAGGCCAAGCGCAAGGGGAAGGCUCUGGAGCACAGAGAGGACACGGGCGGAGCACGGAGCCUGCGGCCGGCAAAGAGCAUGGACUCACUGAGCACCGUCCCCUCCAACGGGGAUGGGGACCCCCGUCCGGCCGAGCCGCUGCCGGUGAAGCCACAGCAGCGCCGGGAGAGCCUCGAGUCCUGCCCGGUGCCCCCGGGGCGCUGCCGGGAGCCGGCCGAGGGCCGCGAGGAGCCCCCGGGCGACGGCAGCGCCCGCUCGGAGCCCGGCACCCCCCGGGCCGGGCCCCGCCGCCCCCCGCGCUGCCCGGGGCUCCACAUCUCGGUGCCCUUCUCGGUCACCGUCCCCCUGCACAUCACGGCCAACCUGUCCCGGCUGACCCGGGGGCUGCCGUGCCCGGCGCUCGGUACCGGAGCCCUCGGUACCGGAGCCCUCAGUACCGGAGCCCUCAGUACCGGAGCCCUCGGUACCGGAGCCCUCGGUACCGGAGCCCUCAGUACCGGAGCCCUCAGUACCGGAGCCCUCAGUACCGGAGCCCUCGGUACCGGAGCCCUCGGUACCGGAGCCCUCAGUACCGGAGCCCUCGGCGGGGACGCUCCGGAGCCGCUGCCCCCGAGCCCCGCGCUCCGGAGCCGCCUCUCCGUGGAGCUCCGGGACUCCUUCGCCUUCCUGGACAGCCCCGAGCCAUGGACCGACGGGGACCCGGAGCUGCGGGAGCCGCCGACGGGCACCGCGGAGCACGGAGAGGGGAUGGAGCCCAACGAGGACGGGAUGGAGAGCGGGUGUCUGAGCCCGGGGGAGCCUCGGGCCGAGCGCGGCUGCUCCCUGUGCAUCGAGGAGUGCAUGGACGAGCACUUCAUGGCCCCCGACGGCACCGACGGCACCGACUGUGCCUCGGACGGGAGCUCCGUGAGCGGCCGCGACCUCAGCCCCGUGCGGGCAGCGCCGGAGCCCGCGGGGGACGCUCCGGGAGCCGGGGCCUCCGGUGCGGUGCGGGCAGGAACGGAGCCGGUGCCGGUGCUACCGGUGCCGGUGCUGCCGGAGCCGGUGCUACCGGAGCCGGUUCCGGUGCUGCCGGUGCUGCCGGAGCCGGUGCCGGUGCUGCCGGAGCCGGUGCUACCGGAGCCAGUUCCGGUGCUGCCGGUGCUGCCGGAGCCGGUGCUGCCGGAGCCGGUACCGGUUUCGGUACUGCCGGAGCCGGAGCUGCCGGUACCGGUGCUGCCGGAGCCGGUUCCGGUACUGCCGGAGCCGGAGCUGCCGGUACCGGUGCUGCCGGUGCCGGUUCCGGUACUGCCGGAGCCGGUGCUACCGGAGCCGGUGCUGCCGGAGCCGGUUCCGGUGCUGCCGGUGCUGCCGGAGCCGGAGCCUGUGCUGCCGAUGCCGGUGCUGCCGGUGCCGGUGCUGCCGGAGCCGGUACCGGUACUGCCGGAGCCGGUUCCGGUGCUGCCGGAGCUGCCGGUACCGGUGCUGCCGGAGCCGGUUCCGGUACUGCCGGAGCCCGCAGCCGGGCUCCGCUUGGCCACCCCCGCCGCUCCGGUGCUUCAGGCCCGCUCCGUGCCGGUCGUGCCGCCCAAGCCGCAGUUCGCCAGGGCCCCCCCGGAGCCGGUUCCGCCCCUCGCGGCCCGGCCCCCGCUGAGGCGGCCGCGGUGGAGCCGGUCCUUGGACGCGGAGCAGGCUCCGGGCCGGGCCCCGCUGCGCCGGAGCCGAACGUACGGCGAGGACCCGGGGCCCACGGAGCCCGGCGGCUGCGGGGCAGCCCCGCGGCGGGCGCUAGGACCCGGCGAGGAGCAAUAA